GUCUUUGGAAAUUUGCUUAACAGUUAUCUGAGCUAAACUACUAUUCAGCCUGAUUAUCUGUAUUCUAGGAUAAGUUUCUCAAUGGAAAACAAAAGGAAGAGAAAGAAGCCUUCUUCGAAAUCUAAAACAAUCAAUAAAAUCAAAGAAAAAGAUCCAGAAUUCUAUAAAUUUCUUCAAAAUGAGGAUAAAGAAUUAUUAGACUUUGAAGAUAUUGACGAAGAUGAUAAUGUUUCGGAAGAAGAAGGAGGAGUUCAUGAGGUACCAGAUAAACUAAGCGAAAUAUCUGACGAUGACAGUGAUAGUAAUGAAGAUGACGAUGUCGACGACGAUGACGACGAUGACGAUGAUAAUGAAGGAGCAAAUAAAGUAAUAUUAUCAAAGAAAACAAAAGCUUCUAAACAAAAAUUGAUCAAAUCAAGCGAUAUACUUUCGUGGAAAAAAAGAUUAGAAGAUGGAAAAGACUCGUCCAUCAAUUCCUUCAUUAAAGAAAUAAUAAUGACCUUAAAAGCUGUUGUCGUGCACUAUACAUCAAACGAAUUGGAAACAAGUUAUAAAAUAACAGCUCCUAAAGCAAUAACAUCGGUUCUAGAUUGUUGUAUUAAUGACAUUCCGGAAACGUUUAAUAAGUUUUUGAAAUUUCACCCAAAGAGGGAUACUGAUUUGGCAUCUUCUUCUUCCAAAUGGAAUAAAUUUAAAGUAACAGCAAAAACCUACAUCAGCUGUAUUUUACAACUAAUCUCUGCCUCUCAACCCGAUGUACAAUUACAAUUAAUAAAGCAUCUAACAGUAAUGGCUCCAUAUAUUUGCAGUACACCAAAAACAGCAAAGAUAACCAUCAAAAAGCUAAUUAGCAUAUGGUCUAGAGGAGAAGAUAGCUGUAGGUUGGCUUGCGUGCUCACCCUAGCAAGAAUGAAUAGAAUUGACAAACGCCUAACUGAUUACAUUCUUAAAGCAAUGUAUUCUUCCUACGUCUCUAAUUGUAAAUUCAUAUCGGCUAACUCUCUACCCGCCGUUAAUAUGAUGAGACGCAGUUUAGCCGAGAUGUUUGCAAUGAAUCAAGAGAAAGCGUAUAAUUAUGCCUUUGUAUAUAUUAGGCAAUUAGCAAUUCUACUAAGAAAUGCUAUAACAAAUAAGAAAAAAGAAAGCUACGAGAGUGUAUAUAAUUGGCAAUAUGUUCAAAGUUUAUCUUUGUGGACACUCUUAGUGUCAAGAACCUAUCCUUCGACUAUUUUAAAACCGUUAAUUUAUCCCCUAACCCAACUCAUAGUUGGAAUAAUUAAAUUACUACCCAUUUCAAGAUACUAUCCAUUAAGAUUUCAUAUGAUACGACUACUUAACGAAUUAUCAUCCUCUACUGAGACUUUUAUUCCCGUAUUACCCUAUAUCCUGGAAUCAUUAGAGAAUGUCGAUUUAAAUGCAAAAACACAGAGCAGUGGUGAAUUAAAGCAUUUUAACUGGUCUACAAUUCUAAAACUAUCUAAAAGUCAAUUGAAAGAACGAUCGUUUAAGGACGGUUUAAUAGAAGAAUGUAUAGAUGCUCUAAUGGAUCACUUACGGGUCCAUUCUCAUUCUGUAGCUUUCCCAGAGCUAGUUCUACCAUUAUCAAUGCAACUAAAAAAAUUAACGAAAACUGUAAAAGUAGCAAAUUAUACAAAAAAAUUGAAAAGUAUAAUUGAUAAAGUAGAAGAGAAUUGUAAAGAUAUAACAAAUAGAAGGAAAAGGGGAGCUAUUGACUUGAGAAAUGCGGAAGGUGUUAAGCAAAUAGAGAAUAAAUGGAAGGAAGAUGGCACAGUCUUUUCUAAGUAUUACGAAGGAUGGAGAAAAGUUAGAGACAAACAACUAGCUUUAAGAUUCGGUAGCAAUAUUGAAUUAACAACAAGCGAAGGAUUAGCAAUUGGAAAUUCUAAGGAUAAGUCUAACAAUAAGAUGCGAAAAGCAACAAAAGCUGAGAGAGAAGAAUUUGAAUCCCUAUUCGCCAAUGGUGAUGAGGAUUAUAGUGAUUUAGAUGAUGAGGAACUUGAAGAGUUAGAUCAAUCUUGCUCUGAUGAAGAUAGCGACGCUGAAUAUGACGACGGAAAAAACGUUAUAAAAGCAAAGAAACGAAAACUUGACAAAGACGAAGACAGCGAUAAUGAGGACGAUGAUGACAACGGCGAUGGCGACGACGACGAUGAUGAUGACGACGAUGAAGAUGAUAUUGUUGAAGACCUAUCAUUGUCAGACGAUAGUGACUAACCAGAAAAUUUGCUUUAUUAUAAUUUGUAUAUCGUAGAAGUUGAAGCACUUUGUGAAGGACUUUGAUAUAAAUUAUAUAGGAAAUAACGUUAUUAUUAUGAUUAUUAUCAUACAUUUAUAAAAGUACUUAUAAGAGAGAAAAAGAAAAAAGAGGCAAGGACAUCUUGACAAAGAACUGUUAUUGUAAAAAACUGCAAAAGAAUAAAAAGUUGUAUAGUUAAGCAAAUUACUGUUUUGUAAAUAUUUAGGAAGACAAUACAGUUUAUUUUUAUUCACUUAAAAACAAGAAUAUACUUAAAAAAUAACAAACUGCCCAUUCACGCUAUCUCUCGAUUUAAGAAUGGUUGUAAAUUAGACAUAUAUUACUAGAAUUAGAGAAGAAGAGUCCAAUCUAGCUCGGUAUUUAUUUUUUGAAAAGUAGGAUGAGGGAGUGGUAAAGGAAGAUUUCUUGGAGAAUAGCUUAAUUGAAAAGCAACUCUGC